AUACGGUGACAAAGCACCCAAGUCCAUUAUCGCACGCAUUCUCUGCAUUAUCUGGAUGUUGGCGGGAGCAAUUUUACUCUCACUGUUCACUGCUAACACAACAUCUAUUAUCACCGCAAGUAGAAUUGGGAAGAAUUCACAGACUAUGGGGAAAAAGGUGAAAUUGAAGUUGUGACGAGAUAAAUUAGUACAUGAUCCAAAUACUUAGAAAACUGUCUGGUAGUUAGACUACUCACGCCCCUUGUCUAACAUUCUGGUAGUUAGACUACUCACGCCCCUUGUCUAACAGUCUGGUAGUUAGACUACUCACGCCCCUUGUCUAACAGUCUGGUGGUUAGACUACUCACGCCCCUUGUCUAACAUUCUGGUGCUUAGACUACUCACGCCCCUUGUCUAACAGUCUGGUAGUUAGACUACUCACGCCCCUUGUCUAACAUUCUGGUGCUUAGACUACUCACGCCCCUUGUCUAACAGUCUGGUAGUUAGACUACUCACACCCCUUGUCUAACAUUCUGGUGCUUAGACUACUCACGCCCCUUGUCUAACAUUCUGGUGCUUAGACUACUCACGCCCCUUGUCUAACAUUCUGGUGCUUAGACUACUCACGCCCCUUGUCUAACAUUCUGGUGCUUAGACUACUCACGCCCCUUGUCUAACAUUCUGGUGCUUAGACUACUCUGGUAGGGAUGCAACUACUAAGACCCUGGGUACGAGGUUGUGAAACUAUAGCUGAAAAAUGUAAGGGGAAUUUCGACGUUUCCAGCGAAAGCCCUUCGCCCUGAGAUACCAGCGGUGGUCGGGAAAUAUAAAAGCCUUAUAUCGUAUAAACGCGCCAUUUAAUUAAUUAAACUACGAAAAUAAAACAAAUGCCAAUGGUGGCGAGUAAUUUUUAGUAUCUAGCUGUCUGAUUAUAAUUUCACCUCAUGAAGUCACACGUGAAUAGAGUACUUGAUCGAUGCUUUAAUCUUAUUCAAUACAAUGCAUCCAUAUAUUUUUCAGUGUUACUUGUCCUCUGUUCCAUGUUGUGUCCGAAUGGCUUUCUUUCUUAUUAUUAGUGUAUUUGUUCUCUUAUUAUGUUCUAAUUUCGUUUUUUCUAUUCAAUCCCGUUCCGUUAGAUUGGAGUUGUUAAUAUGAAACAAUUUGUGCAGGCAGAAUUGAAUCUUGGAGCUCACAUUAUCGGUAUAAAUCUACGAGCAGUUCAUACAGCAACAAGAGCGCUUAAGCAAAAGACGAUUUAGUGCAUGAUAACACGUACGGCAACCAGAAUUCAAUCGGGCUGUUUUUUCAUGAUGAAGAGUAAUGGCAGCAAUUCUUGCUUGAAAUGAACGAACGGCAGUCAAUGAAGUUUCACGUUUGUGAUUUGAAACAAGAACAGCUGUGCUUCUACGCAAAUACGUCCGCGUAUAGGAGGUGUCUUCGUAAUUUGGGUUAUAAUGAUAGUAUUUCAUUGAUCGAGAUUAUAAAAGACUAGAGUGGGCAUUCCAGGAAAAAUCGAGGGAGAAAUUCAAGCAUUCUAAUGGGGGAUUUUACUUGAAAAUUCCGGAUGUUAGCUCCCACGCCAAGUGACUACAUUGAGGUCCUCGUAGCAAAACUGUUGAGACUAACUUAGCAACAAAAAUUAAUACGAACUAGUCUUACUAUACGGCUGGCCUAAACGAACAAAACAUCCCAAUUCUGGAAAAAUACUCUUCAUAUAUAUGGACCAUAUUACAACAUGGGAAUUUGAAUUUUGUUGCAUUUUUCAAAAUUCGGGCGAUUUUCUUUCCAGUUUUUUCAAAUUGUUUUGACGACCAGAAAAAAAUUAUUUCGCCUGUUGCUAAAGCGCUGUUGCUAACGAUAUUAUAAUGUAGCCAAUAAGCAUACGUUUUUCCAUUCGGAUUAGGCAGCUUCGAUUUGUUUCCGACUUUAUUCCGCAAAUACCACUCAAUUGUUUUAUGAUCUCUAUAUGCUUUUAUUAAUAUUGGGACAAGAAGUUGUGUUCAUAUAAGAGAUGUGCUAGUGGAACCUUCAUCUUUCAGAAUACACCAAAGUUGAAGCUGCGUUAGAAGCUCUAAACGACAAGAGUAUCGACCGAUUGUUGUUUCCUCACUACCUGGAUUUACUUUUCUUCAUGUCUGACCCAAAUCUCGGAAUGCCUGUGCUGUCUAAUAUCUAUAUUGCCAAGGAACUGGAUAAAUCAUUUCAGAUUGGCAUGGUGUUGUCGCAUGGCAACGGUUCAUUGCUCAGUAAUCAGGAUUUUUAUACAUGUUUGGAAAUUAUGACAUCUAGGAUUUCAUCGGAG